CGUCGCACAAACCGGAAGCGGUCAGGACUGGAAGUGAAACAUCGACGUCCGUAAAAUCGACGAGCCGGGACUACUGAGGAUAAAAACAACGAAAUGACACGCUAACCAUGAUGUCCAGAUUCAUUGAAGAAGAACAGUCAGCUCUGCCAAGAAGUUUUAGGAACAUCUGAAGCGUUUGCUUUGGCCUCAUAAAGACUGUUUCAGCAGAGAGUUUCACAUCAGCCAGAUCAAUUUAGACUCACUGUCACACAUAUUCACCCCCAAUAUCAUUGAGGAUAAACGGUUCUGCAGCAUUAUCAUGACGUGUCGAGAUCGCACGGUUGAGUUCCAGUCGGCUUGUAAGUCACUGCAGGGGAGACAGUUACAGAAUGGUACUCAUACUAAACCUGCCAUUAAUGCCCUUAAACAGCGCAGUGACUUCACUCUUAUGGCCAAGAGAAUUGGGAAAGACUUGAGCAACACUUUUGCAAAGCUUGAAAAGCUCACAAUCUUGGCCAAAAGGAAGUCUUUGUUUGAUGAUAAAGCAGUGGAGAUUGAGGAGUUAACAUACAUCAUUAAGCAGGACAUGAACAGUCUGAAUAAGCAGAUAGCACAGCUGCAAGACCUCGUUCGGUCCCGCAGUGGGCAAAAUGGUUGCCACAUCCAGACACAUUCCAACACGAUUGUUGUCUCCCUGCAGUCUAAGCUGGCAUCAAUGUCUAACGAUUUCAAGUCUGUUUUGGAAGUGAGAACAGAGAACCUGAAGCAGCAGCGCAGCAGAAGAGAGCAGUUCUCUCAGGCUCCUCUGUCAGCAUCACCUCUGCUCGCCAAUAACUUCAACAGUUCAGUUCUGAUGCAGGAUGAGUCCAGGAGUCUGGGAGGAGAGUUGGCCAUCGACAUGGACUCGAGAGCAAACCCUCUGCAGCUGCAGCUCAUUGAUGAACAGGACUCCUAUAUCCAGAGCCGAGCAGACACCAUGCAGAACAUCGAGAGCACCAUCGUGGAGUUGGGCUCCAUUUUUCAGCAGUUGGCACACAUGGUCAAAGAGCAGGAAGAGACAGUUCAGAGGAUCGACGCAAAUGUGGAGGACACCCAGCUGAAUGUGGAAAUGGCCCACACUGAGAUCCUCAAAUACUUCCAGUCCGUCUCCUCCAACCGUUGGCUCAUGAUCAAGAUAUUCCUCGUUCUCAUCAUCUUCUUCAUCAUCUUUGUGGUAUUUCUCGCUUGAGAGGGAACAGCCCCAAGGAAAGAAGCAUAGGAGACGAUGGAAACGGAGCCAAAAGGGGAUAGACUUAUGGGCGAAUGUGCAAAAACAUAAGCGGACUGGGCCGCCAAGGACUCUGGCUCACCGGGGGAGGGAAGGGAUGGAUGGAUUCUGAUGCUCAUUGGUUAAAGGAUUUUAGUCUGAGUGACUUGAGUCAGUUCAAUUGUAAAUUCUGUCACUGUCUGACUUUGAAUCUCUUACACUAGGGAGAGGAUGAUGAUGAUUGAUAUGAACCUGAGAUUUACGGUGUAUUCCGCAAGAGAGGGGGGUGUUUACUCUGUUUGGUUUAAUAUUCAUCUACAUUUGCAUUUAUGUUUGAGCCUUCGUUUGUUAUAGUAAUCACAUAUUAAAAGAGAAGGCUUUUUCCCAAAUGGUUUGAUUCUCCAAACUGGUUUAGUUUGAUUUUUCUGACAGUGUUAUCAAUAAUCAGAGAUAACCUUUUUACAAUAAAUUAAAUGUGACCUGUUUUCUUCA